AUGGGCCCCUCCCAUCCUGCACUCCCACCCAUGACAAAGCUUGGCCUGUGGUGGCUCCUUCUGAUGCCAGCAGUGUCAGAGCAGCGAGCCCCCCACACCCAAGCCGAGGAUCGCCUCUUCAAACACCUCUUUAGGGGCUACAACCGCUGGGCACGGCCAGUGCCCAACACCUCGGACGUGGUCAUCGUGCGCUUCGGGCUGUCCAUCGCCCAGCUCAUCGAUGUGGAUGAGAAGAACCAAAUGAUGACCACCAACGUCUGGCUAAAGCAGGAGUGGAGUGACCACAAGCUGCGCUGGAACCCGGCCGAGUUCGGAAACAUCACAUCCCUCCGAGUCCCUUCGGAGAUGAUCUGGAUCCCUGACAUUGUCCUCUACAACAAUGCAGAUGGGGAGUUUGUGGUGAACCACAUGACCAAGGCCCACCUCUUCUCCACGGGCACCGUGCACUGGGUGCCCCCGGCCAUCUACAAGAGCUCCUGCAGCAUCGACGUCACCUUCUUCCCCUUCGACCAGCAGAACUGCAAGAUGAAGUUCGGCUCCUGGACAUACGACAAGGCCAAGAUUGACCUGGAGCAGAUGGAGCAGACCGUGGACCUGAAGGACUACUGGGAGAGCGGCGAGUGGGCGAUCGUCAACGCCACAGGCACGUACAACAGCAAGAAGUACGACUGCUGCGCCGAGAUCUACCCCGAUGUCACCUACUACUUUGUCAUCCGGCGCCUGCCCCUCUUCUACACCAUCAACCUCAUCACCCCCUGCCUGCUCAUCUCCUGCCUCACCGUGCUGGUCUUCUACCUGCCCUCCGACUGCGGCGAAAAGAUCACACUGUGCAUUUCUGUGCUGCUCUCGCUCACUGUCUUCCUCCUGCUCAUCACCGAGAUCAUCCCCUCCACCUCCCUGGUCAUCCCGCUCAUUGGCGAGUACCUGCUCUUCACCAUGAUCUUCGUCACCCUGUCCAUCGUCAUCACCGUCUUUGUCCUCAAUGUCCAUCACCGCUCCCCCAGCACCCACAACAUGCCCCACUGGGUGCGAGUGGCCUUUCUGGGCUGUGUGCCCCGGUGGCUUCUGAUGAAACGGCCUCUGCCACCCUUGGAGCUCUGUGGCUCCCCAGAUCUGAAGCUUGGGCCCUCCUACCACUGGCUGGAGACCAACAUGGAUGCACAGGAGAGGGAAGAGGAAGAGGAGGAAGAGGAAGACCAGUGGGUGUCGUCCCCCUCCGUGGGUGUCCUCUACAGCCACGGCGAUCUGCACCAAAGGGCCUCAGGUCCCAAGGUGGAGGCCCCAUUGCAGAAGGGUGGGCGCCUGCUGUCACUUCGCAUGCAGAAGGCGCUGGAAGGCGUGCACUAUAUUGCUGAUCACCUGCGGUCUGAGGAUGCUGACUCUUCAGUGAAGGAAGACUGGAAGUAUGUGGCCAUGGUGAUUGACAGGAUAUUUCUCUGGCUGUUCAUCAUCGUCUGCAUCCUGGGGACCGUGGGACUGUUCCUUCCCCCGUUCCUGGCUGGAAUGAUCUGAUUUCCUAUCCCUGGCUUUGGCU